UCGUCAUGGCUACAGAUGCGUCACGUGGUUAGUAACCUAAACAACUUUCUCGGGAAGCUAGCGUUAGAGAAAAGCUAACAACGCUACUUUACCGAAAGUAUUUUUGACUUUAUGCGAGCUUUUUGUUGGGAUGCGAGGAGAAUGCUGAUAAAAAGCUUCAGCAGGUGGUGCAUAAUGUCCAGAAGAAAGGAAAAACUGUGUGCCGCUAACCAAGAGAGGGGUGCUGUCCCAGUCCGCUGAGCUGAAAUGGGUGCAAGCGCUUCAUUAUCACUCUGUAGUGACCCUUCUUCAGUCAGAAUCCUGAAGCCUAGUGCGAGGGUCAGCCCAGAGGUCAUCAUUCCUGCCCGAGUGUCACCUAACAAGUGUGUCUUUGGUGUUGCCUUGGAAACUCUGAAUAAGAAUGGCCAGAUGGUCUGUGGAAUACCCCAUGCAUUUAGAGAUAUGGUGGAGUUCUUAAAUAAACACGGACUGCAUCACAGGGGUCUUUUCCGCGUGUGUGGAUCUGUGGCCCAAACCAGGCAGCUGAGGCAGCAGUGGGAUCGGGGAGAGAGGGUGGACCUGGAGGAGCAGGGGGACGUUCCCACUGUUGCAUCACUUCUCAAACAAUUCCUUAGGGAAUUGCCUACACCUGUAAUACCAGAGCCCCUGCAUCAACAACUGGUUCUAAGCUUAACAGGACAUACAGAUGAGCCCGAGUUGAAUCAGAGACUGAGCGAAAGCCUUUCAUGCCUCCCAAAUUCCAACCACAACAUUUUAUCCUACCUCAUCCACUUCCUGUGCAGAGUGGCCAUGCACAGCCAAUCAAAUCACAUGCCUGUGGAAAAUCUAGCCACCAUUUUCGGGCCUUGCAUAUUUCAUGUUCCAGCAGGACCCAGGAUGCUGGAGGAGCAAAGUGUGUCUAAUGCCCUGUUGCUCCACAUCCUCCGGCACCAGGUGGUUCUCCUUCCAGGCCCAGCUGAGGUCUCAGCAUCAGCUGCCUCUUACUCACCUCCUCCUCCCCUUUCUGCUCUCUCACACUUUGAGGUCCAACCCAGAAGCUGUGAGUCAGAGCGGAGCAGCAUGGGGGUGUUGGAGGAAGAGACUGCAAAAAUGGCUGUUGAGCAAACAAUUCAAAUGCAACCUGAAUUCAGCAGUCCCGACUCACUGCUGCAAGCUUGUGAAACCAGCUCUGACGUCAGCGCUGACAUUCAGACAUUGAUCUCAGACCUGACUGUUUUGGAGAAAUGCGAGGUGAUGACCAAAUCAGGCCGUGUGCUCUCCUGUCCCACUGACCCAGAGCAGGAAGACGCACCGCCACAGAGUGGACAGUCACAAGCCUUACCACUGGAGACUGAUUUAUCAGUGAAAGGGAUGCUUUCUCAGACGCCUUGGCUGACUCACAUUGAGAAGGAAAAGGAAGUAAAGAUGUCCCCAUCUUUUAAAGACACUUGUUAUUUGACUUCUGCUGAGGCAGGGCAGAGUUCAUCAUUUUCAAACUGCCACACAGGAAGUGAAUCACCAAGCAAAACCCAAAUGCAGAAUCAGGACACACAGAGCUUCUUGUGCUGCAUAAAGUACAAGAAAGAAGAGAAAGCAGCGGAAUCUCCAUGCAUGAGAAGCAAAAGAGAAGAAGGGGGAGGAUGUCAUGGCGCUCUUGACAGAGGCACAAGCAGCAGCUCUGACAGCCCGUCCCUUAAGCUUCAAGCCCUGGAGGCUGAUCCAGGACCCUUGCCUGAAUCUUUAGACCCCAAAGCACCGGAUCACCCACCUGCUCAACAGCAGUCUCUUUCCACGGAAGCACAGUGCCUUCAUCUGAGCCACGUGCUGCCCUUGUCACCACCUCAAGAUCUGCUUGACUCAUCUCCUUCUGCAAACAUCCAGUCUCCAUCCACACCAGACUCCAGCCCCGUGCUCUCCACUGCCUCUCGUUCCAGAGACGACGCCUCGCUGAGCUCACCGCUUUCCAGCCCCAGCCCCCUUCUGUCCUGUUUUAAGCCAGGCGACUGCCCUGUUCCCUCUCCGCGUUGUCCCAGCCUAAGCCACAGCCUGCGCUACAACCUAGACCCCGAGACCGCUCCGUCUCCACCCUGCUCACAGCAUAUACGCAUGGCUCGCUGCAGCGUCCACACAGAGCAGGACGAAGGUUCUGCGUCUGUCUCUGUGCUCAACAGACACAUUCACACCCUCAGAAAGAGGAUCAGAUGCUUUGAAGAGCAUUUUGAACAAGAGAGGCACUACAAGCCCGCUCACAACGACAAGACUGCACAUCCAGAGGUGGCCAAACUGAUGAAAGAGCUGAUCAAGAGUCGCAAGCAGCUCAAAGAGAUGAAGCUGAGACAGUCUGGAGGUUUCAGCCCCAGUUCUGAAACAUGCAGGACAAAUAUGGACCAGAGGGAAGCAGGACCAACUGGAACGGAGCUUCAGCAGCUCAAUAACAACAACAACCCCAAACCUAACGUGGAGGAAACUUUCAACUCCAUAACUAACCGGCUGAAGGAAAAACGGCAGGAGCUCGGCCUUCCUGACAGCAUCGAGGAGAUGUCUCACUUCCAGAUGAGCAUAGAGAAGACCUGUAUGCAGAAGUGUCUGUUGUAUUUUGAGGGUCUACAUGGACGCCCAAGUACCAGGCAGGAGCGCGUGCUGAUGAAACCUUUCUACGAUCGCUACCGUCUGCUCAAGCAGCUGCUUUCUCCUGCUUCUACGGCAGCCAUCACAACCAUUGAGGAAGAGGAGGGCUCUGAUGAUGAGUAUUUCAAACAACAAAGCCCCAAGCAGCAGCCACUUUGGUUGAAUACAAGCAGGUGUGUGUCCGCAGAUGAGUCGCAGUUUCCACCAUCUCUGGAAAUGUCUGAAACACCUCUGGUUUCUCCUCUGGAGGGAGUGGAAAGUGUCCAGUCUCAGAUUAUCGCUAUGGCAACACUACAUGAAGCAUCUAGACAGGAAUUACUAGAUCAUCUGAGGACGGUCCGAUUAGAGAAGCGGCGACUUCACCAAGCUCUACGGGAGUUUGAGGAACACUUUUACACACAGACUGGCAGGAUUUGUCAGAAGGAGGACCGGGGACCAAUGGCGGAGGAGUACUGCCAGUACAAGACCCUCAAAGCGAAGCUCCGCCUCCUGGAGGCUCUGCUCAGUAAACAAGACUCAACCAAGACGAGUUGAGUUACUCACAGUGGGACUUUUGUCUGUUUGUUAUUAUUAUUACCAGGAUAUGAUCAUUCCUGGAAAAGAAACAGUUCCUGAGGCCAGCCAGUUUUGUUCCAUGCCAUGCUUGUUGUGUAAAUGCACUUUACAUGAAGAAUACUGAUGGAAAUCAACUUUUAUUUCUUGGUCCCAAAAAAUCAUCCCUCAUAGUACAGGACAUAUUUUUUUAAAUGAUGUAGCAAAUGUACGCCAUGUAGCACGACUAAUGCAUAUUUCUCAAGGAUGAAGCACGGCAGCUUGAUGCUAUUUCCAGUUGAGCCAUUUAUAAAUACUUCAUGUAAUUAUGGCACUUUGUUACUCACUUUAUAACCUUGCCAGGAUAGUAUUUUUUUUUGUUUGUUCUUGAUGUAGAAACUGCAUUUGUAAAAAAAUAAAAAAAAAAGGAAAUGUGUACGUUAAAAUGCAGUGGGACAAUCUUGCGAUGUUUGUGCAUGUCAGGUUUUUAUUUUCCUACAUUGUGCUAUGGUAUGCAUUCAGAGUUUUAAAGUUCAUCUAAACUCGUCAAUUUAGAUGUUGAUCUCAGAUUUAAAAAAAAUGCAGUGAACCUAAGCAUAGUAGUGCAAGUCAUAUCUGCUGUCUAAUUUGUGUUUAACCCCCGCCCCAGGUAUUUUUUUUUUUUGUCUUUGUGAAGUUAAUCCCUUCCAAAUGCCUGUGUCAACAAUGAUCUAAGCUUUCACAUUGUGCACUUCUGGUUUAUAUAGUAUUCUGUAUAUUUAUAUAUCUAUAUGAAUGUAAUAGUAAAAAAUAAAUAUUUUUUCACAUCUAUUCGGCUG